GCGGGUAGUGACAAUCAACGCAAGAAGGCGCUAGCUAUGUUAAUCACUGAAGUGAUGACAAACGCAUACGGGAACGCAGGUGCUGGAGGUGGCCAUUUUGAAAACGGAAUGUCACCUUAUCAUCAUCAUCAUCAACAGCAUCAUCAUUCUCAGCAGCAGGCGAAUCAACAGCAUCAUCAGAAUCACUACCAGCAACAAGGAAUGAUGAACCAGGCGACGGCCAGUAUGCUGGCCAAUCAACAGCAGCAGGCCAUCAAUCUCGCCUUGCAGCAUCACCAUCAGCAACAGUGGCUCUCUGCCAAUGCCAACGGAGUGAUCAACAACAACAGCGGACUGAUUCAGCAUCCCGCCGUUGCUCCGCCGACUGUUCAGCAACAACAACAGCAGCAGCAGCAGCAGCAAGCCAAAGAUGCUGAGGCCAUCAAACUGUUUGUCGGACAGAUUCCGCGCAAUUUGGAAGAAGCCGAUCUUCGUCCCAUGUUCGAAGAAUUCGGCAAGAUCUACGAACUGACUGUGCUCAAAGACAAGUUGACGGGCAUGCACAAAGGUUGCGCAUUUCUGACGUACUGCACCAGGGAGAGCGCCAUCAACGCCCAGAACGCGCUUCAUGAAAAGCGGACUUUGCCAGGGAUGAACCGUCCUAUUCAAGUGAAACCAGCAGACAGCGACAACAGAGGAGAGGAUCGCAAGCUUUUCGUGGGUAUGCUCAGCAAGCAGCAGACGGACGAAGACGUCAGGCAACUAUUUCUACCAUACGGCGCCAUCGAGGAAUGCACAAUUCUUCGCGGACCAGACGGACAGAGUAAAGGUUGCGCAUUCGUCAAGUUCAGCACUCACGCCGAAGCCCAGACGGCCAUCAACAGUUUGCACGGGAGCCAGACCAUGCCCUAUUAUUGCCAUAUGAACCAGGGUGCCUCGUCGAGCCUGGUGGUGAAAUUCGCCGACACGGAGAAGGAGAGACAGCUGAGGAGAAUGCAGCAGAUGGCCGGCAACAUGGGCCUCAUCCAUCCGUUCGUUUUCAACCAGUUUGGAACCUACGGAUCAUACGCUCAGCAGCAAGCGGCCAUCAUGGCAGCAGCCUCCGCGGCCGGAGGAGGAGCCUACAUUGGAGCCGCGCCCAUGGCCAUCGCCACGCAGCUUCCGCCGUCGGCCCUUAACGGCAUCGCUAGCCCCGGUGUCGUUCCCUCUGCACAAGGCACAGGAUCGGGUGGUCAGGUCAACGGUGGCCUAUCGUCCAUCCCAUCGCCGACGAUGCCCAACUUCGGAAUGGCCCCCAAUUCGGCCAACGGCCAGAACGGACCCAACGGACAGGAUCCGGCCUCCGUCUACAAUGGAUUAGCUCAGGCUUAUCCCUCACAUCUUCCCUCUUUACUGGUGCUAGCCCACGGCGGACUGGCCAAUGGCGAAGCGGCGCUCCAGCCCGCCGCUUUCGCGGCACUUCAAACCUACCCCGGCGUCGCGUAUCCUGCCAUGUACGGACCCAUGGCCCAUCACUAUGGCAACGAUGUGACCGCCCUGACUCCAGGUUCCACCGAAGGUAGCGCUCACGGAUGCUCCAUCUCCGGUCCUGAGGGUUGCAACUUGUUCAUCUAUCACCUGCCGCAAGAGUUUGGUGACGCAGAGCUGAUGCAAAUGUUCCUACCCUUCGGCAACGUCAUCAGUUCCAAAGUCUUUAUUGAUCGGGCCACCAAUCAAAGCAAAUGCUUCGGUUUUGUCAGUUUCGACAACCCGGCGAGUGCUCAGGCGGCCAUUCAGGCCAUGAAUGGCUUCCAGAUUGGCAUGAAGAGACUCAAAGUUCAGCUCAAACGGCCCAAGGACGCCAACCGACCUUACUAGUCUAUUCAUCCCUACACACACACAAACACAAACACACAUACAAAGAUCAUUAGAGCAAGCGGACAAACUAUAACAAAAUGCAUUACAAAACAAUUGCAUUGAAAAAAAAAAAAACGUAUCAUUUGGAACAGGCUGAGAAGGAAAGAGAAAAAAAAAAAAACACUGUGGAAAUUUCGUAUGUCUCGUGUUGACGUGUCCGAGUUGGACGCAAGUGGAACGCUUGGAACAAUGGCGGGACAGUGGAUGUGCUGUGCGGAAAUCUUAACAAAAACCAAACAAAUCGAUGGUCACGGGACGUGUGUCCAUUUUUUAUUAUUAUUAUUUCCCCCCCCCCCCCCCCUUUGAAUUCGCGUCUUCAUGGAGACAAGGAAGUACGACGACAGUUUCCGGCAACAGUCACACAACUUGAACAUCUCUCCGCUCAUCCCCCUCUGCGGGCUCUUUUGUUUCUCGAAGAAGGAGACGGUUCGUCUUAUAACACGCCAGUUUUACGACAAUAACGAACCAAAGAAUUCUGCAGUUCUUUCUUGUCUUUUAUGCCCCUCUCUUGUAUUCCUCCUCUUCUUCUUGGCGUUCGAAAUUCCAUGGCAAUCCAAAUCCUGCUUCUCUCUCUCUCUCUUUUUCCCCCCCCCCCCACAAAUAUCUUUGAAAACAAACAACCCACCCAAACAUAAAUCUCCGGCUUUUCUCUGCUCAGCGCUCGGGACACGCGCGUGACUUGCCUUUGUAGCACGUCGAGAAAGAAAGAAAAAAAAAAAAGCAAAGCAAAUAGAGAGAAGGACUUUCGUGUGGGGGAGGGGUUGAAGAAAGAGAGAAUUGCGGGACGAAAAGAAGAACGGGAAAAAGGAAAGUGUUUGACCAAACUUUGCCAAAGAAUAGGAACAGAAAAAAAUAAAAAAUAAAUAAUCAAUGAAGAAAUCAACGUCUUCAAUUUAGUGCGAUGGUGGAUUUUGUACGUAAAACGUCCUGCACACACAGACACAAGACACACAAGAAGAAAUCCAUUUUGAGACUCGUUUUUGUGCUGGCAAGAGAAAUGUGAUUUGGAAGAAAAGAAGACGAACCGUUCAUGUGUGUGUGUGUUACGCGACUGUUGAUUCGUCUCAAACAAAGUGAUCGAGUUUCUUCUCUUUCUUUUUUUUUUUUUUUUUGGAAUCAACAAAUGGAAGGAGAAAGAGAUUAACAUUUCUCAUCAACAUCCUGCAAUUGAACCCGUUUUAUACGUGAACAACAUUCGCAUCGUACCUUUUCGUGUGGCAUUCCGCGAUGAAAGUCGAACAGCGUCUACGACAUCGAUCGAUGAUCGUCGAUGAUGAAAAUCAAGAUGUUUUUUUUUUUUAGUCAUUUAAAAUUAAAAAGGACAACAAAAGAAGAUCACGCUGAUACAAUUAUGCUGUUAUUCUCUACUUGUAUUGCAGGUUUAACAUAUAUAUUUUUUUUUUUUUGUUUUUUUUACAUCGAUGCUGACAGGAUGAACAUCAACAAAACGUUUUGGAGCCAAAGCUUGAAAUAACAAAUUCUAGUCAGUUGUGUCACAAUUUGAUCUCACUAUCUCAUCCCCCCCCCCCCCCCCCCCCCCCCCCCCCACAUUGUUCAAAGUGGAUGGAAAACACUUUGAUCAAAACUAAAACCAAAAUUCGGGUCUGAUAUGAUAAUUUACCAUUCCUCAAUCAUUUUGUUUAGUCAAAAUUGUAGUUUCCAUUUUGAUUUUGAUUUUUGAAUAGCGCUAUCUCUCUUGUACGCGCCUACCCCUCCUCCCAACUAUAUCUGCUCUCGGCCUGUCCUACCCCUCCCCCCCCCCCCAAAAAAAAACAACCUAUAUCAUUAAAAAUACUCUCGUGUGUGGUUGAAUUGUUGAAUGAAAAUAUUCCCCCUUGCUCUCUCCCAUCUACAAUUCAAAUGUGAAACAUUUUUUAUUUCUUUGAAUUGAAUAUUGAUCAAGUCAUUGAAGUGGGCGAAUGCCGGUAAUCCUGCGGCUUUGUGACGCAAGUGUUGAUACCUUUUUUUUUUUUUUAUAUUGCGAAAUCUCGUGUUUUUCCCGUUGAUUUUUUAAAUCUCUUCUUAUUUAAAGAAAAACUUCUUAUCCCUUCCGAUUCCCCAAUCUCCAAAAAGAGAAAUUCAGGACAGACUUUGACGUCCGCCAUCAGCCAAAGAAAAAGAAAAUGUUUUAGUUUUUAACGACGAGUUCUCCUUUCGUGUCAACUUGUAAUCUCUCCAGACCUUUUCUUUUUUUUUCUUUUUUUUUUUUUUUUUUUAAGCACCUUCUUCAGCGGAAGUUUGCCCCAUCAUUAAUCGACUUGGUCUAAAAAUGCGAACUGUCGUAUACUUUAUAGAAAAAGAAAGUUAGUUUAUUUCUCUUUUGAAAGGAAAGAGCUUUAAAAAAGGAAAAUCGUGCGAUAAAUGGAUCGAUCGCGGUCCAAAUUUGAAACCCAGCACAUUUUUUUUUUUUUUUCGAAAACGAUCAUAAAAAAUUUAAAAAAAAAAAAAAAAGAAAUUAAAAUGUUAGUUCAUUCCCGAAAUACGUUCAUUUUCAAAAUUUCGAUAAAAUCAAGAGAAUUUUUUUUUGUUUUUUUGUUUUUUUUGUUUUUGGAAGCUACCGCUAUUUUCGAUCGUUUUUGUUGUGUUUGACGAGCACAAAAAGCUUGCGAGCUUGGCUGAAUUGAACAAAAAAAAAAAAAAAAGAAAAGAAAAAGAAAAACCCAUAACGUGAAAAACAUAACAAGUUUUUAUGUCAUUUCUCAUUUAGCUCUUGAUCCCCCAAUACUUAGGCCCAAAUGAAGGCGUUAUUUUCAUUGAUCUAAUAGAACGUUGCAGUGCCAUCGAUUAUAUAUGAAUCUCCCCCAUUGCCCCCUUCUUUUAUAUAUCCUUCCCUUGUUUGCCACACCUUCUCGGUCCCGCAAACCAACCUCCCCCCCCCCCUUUUCCCUUUCGCCGCCAAUUCAACCCGUAAUUUCUAAAUAGCCCAGACGGCAAAUGGGACAAAUGAAUUCUUGAUGCUCUUUAUAUCGCGUUCAUUCUCGUUCACCAUAUAACCAAUUUCCCCAGUGACCCUGUAUCAUUUUUACGCUAAUGUAGGACAUAAGAAGAAAAAACAUAAAAAAAAAAACAUAAAAACAUAAAAAAAAAAGGAAAGAUGAAGUCAUUAGCCAAGCGAAUCAUUGAUUGAAAUCAUCCGAUAUACUUAACCAAAUUUUUUUUUUUUUAAAUUGAAACUUUUGUCUAGUCGCAAAUUCAUUUUUUUUUUUAUUUAUCUAUUUGAUUCGAGAAAUUAUUUUUUGAUUUCAUAUUCAAAUGCGCUGAUCGAGUAGGUAGUAUGUUUUGUUUUUUUUCGUUUUUCACUUAUCGCAUCAUUAACACAGUAUAAUACAUCAUGUUUCGAGAGGGAUUAAAAAAACAAAAAAAACAAUACAAAUAGGCAAAAUGCCCUUCUUAA